AUGGAUAUGCCAUUCGAAUCGACAGCAAUGCAAUCAGAUUUGGCUAUAUCUGUCCUCAAAGUGCUUCAAGAGGAUCUAAAAGAAGAUAUUUGCAGCAUUUCCCUGCCAAACGAACCUUAUCCAAAGAAUGCAGACGUCAUGGAUCUGGAUAAACGUCUGGAACGAUUAUGGACAAGUUGUCCGGCGCUACCUUAUGGAGCAAAGUACUGGGGCUAUCAUGUGUCUACUGUCGUAACAGAGAAACAGGUGGCCCAGAUGCUGCGGAUGUUUUUAGAAAGUGGAAUUCUCUACCUUGUAGAGCUGUUAAGCUUGAUGGGUCGCUUGCAUCUUAUUCGAAAUUUCGAAGAAGUUCGGCAAAGUUGUGAAUACCAAGGGUUGGUUGAUGAUGUCGAGGUAUGCCAUGAUACAGUUAGACUUGUCCAGAGGCAUCAAGAAACACUAGAGAAGAGUGCACUGGAUAUCUACUCAUCAGGGCUACUAUUCCUCCCUCGAAAGUCACAACUGUGGACGAUAUACAAGAGCAAGUUUUCAGAUCGACUACCAAGAAUCAUUGGAGGACCAUCAGUGCAUUGGCCCUCACACCAGACUUUGACUGGACAUACCAAUUCGGUCUCAUGUCUGGCCUUCUCGCCAGAUGGGCGCCAUCUUGCGUCUGGCUCUGGGGAUCGCACUGUACGCCUGUGGGAUGGGACCACCGGUGCAAGCCUUGGGACGCUUGAGGGACAUACCAAUUGGGUCCAAUGUCUGGCCUUCUCGCCAGAUGGGCGCCGUCUUGCGUCUGGCUCUGGGGAUCGCACUGUACGCCUGUGGGAUGGGACCACCGGUGCAAGCCUUGGGACGCUUGAGGGACAUACCGAUUGGGUCCAAUGUCUGGCCUUCUCGCCAGAUGGGCGCCGUCUUGCGUCUGGCUCUGAGGAUCGCACUGUACGCCUGUGGGAUGGGACCACCGGUGCAAGCCUUGGGACGCUUGAGGGACAUACCAAAUGGGCGCCGUCUUGCGUCUGGCUCUGGGAUCGCACUGUACGCCUGUGGGAUGGGACCACUGCAAGCCUUGGGACGCUUGAGGGACAUACCGAUUGGGUCCAAUGUCUGGCCUUCUCGCCAGAUGGGCGCCGUCUUGCGUCUGGCUCUGGAGGAUCACACUGGACAUACCAUUGGGUCCAAUGUCUGGCCUUCUCGCCAGAUGGGCGCCGUCUUGCGUCUGGAUCUGGGGAUCGCACUGUACGCCUGUGGGAUGGGACCACCGGUGCAAGCCUUGGGACGCUUGAGGGACAUACCAAUUGGGUCCAGUGUCUGGCCUUCUCGCCAGAUGGGCGCCGUCUUGCGUCUGGCUCUGGGGAUCGCACUGUACGCCUGUGGGAUGGGACCACCGGUGCAAGCCUUGGGACGCUUGAGGGACAUACCAAUUGGGUCCAAUGUCUGGCCUUCUCGCCAGAUGGGCGCCGUCUUGCAUCUGGAUCUGGGGAUGGCACUGUACGCCUGUGGGAUGGGACCACCGGUGCAAGCCUUGGGACGCUUGAGGGACAUACCAGGGAGGUCCGGUGUCUGGCCUUCUCGCCAGAUGGGCGCCGUCUUGCAUCUGGAUCUGGGGAUGGCACUGUACGCCUGUGGGAUGGGACCACCGGUGCAAGCCUUGGGACGCUUGAGGGACAUACCAGGGAGGUCCGGUGUCUGGCCUUCUCGCCAGAUGGGCGCCGUCUUGCAUCUGGAUCUGGGGAUGGCACUGUAUGCCUGUGGGAUGGGACCACCGGUGCAAGCCUUGGGACGCUUGAGGGACAUACCGAUUCUGUCCAAUGUCUGGCCUUCUCGCCAGAUGGGCGCCGUCUUGCAUCUGGAUCUAGGGAUGGCACUGUAUGCCUGUGGGAUGGGACCACCGGUGCAAGCCUUGGGACGCUUGAGGGACAUACCUGGGAGGUCCGGUGUCUGGCCUUCUCGCCAGAUGGGCGCCGUCUUGCAUCUGGAUCUGGGGAUCACACUGUAUGCCUGUGGGAUGGGACCACCGGUGCAAGCCUUGGGACGCUUGAGGGACAUACCAGUCAUGUCCAGUGUCUGGCCUUCUCGCCAGAUGGGCGCCGUCUUGCAUCUGGAUCUUGGGAUGGCACUGUACGCCUGUGGGAUGGGACCACCGGUGCAAGCCUUGGGACGCUUGAGGGACAUACCGGUCCUGUCCAGUGUCUGGCCUUCUCGCCAGAUGGGCGCCGUCUUGCAUCUGGAUCUCGGGAUUGCACUGUACGCCUGUGGGAUAUCACCACCCCACCCAGUUUGGAACCUCCUUAUGCACUCAAUCAUGCUCCCAGGCAUUUAUAUUUCUUCCAAGGUGGACAUUUCUUACAUGUGGACAAUGGACUACCAUGA